CAUGGAGCUGGUGAAUGAGGCGAGUAACACCAUCUACGGCAACAAGGACGUCGUGGUGGGCCUCUCGCUUGAGAUGGGUGCCUUGAUGUACAGCUUUGAGACCGCCCAGCACACCGCCCUCACUGGCGCGCCUCUGUACAAGAAAUGCAAGGCAGCGAGCCUUGUGCCGGUGGACAUGGGUUGCGUGAGUGGCUCAAAGUCACACGUCAAGGACACCAACAUUGCGCUCGGCAAGAAAACACAAAAGGUGGUCCUGUUCUUCGACGACGACGUUACUGUGGCAGAAAAGAUGAAGUACGUUCUGGGGAAGAAGCCACGGAAGCUCUUUGCCUGGCUCUACUUUAACGUGCACAUGGCCGACUUCCUGGGCAGGUGCAAGAUGCGCCAGCCUUUCGCGCCAAUACUUGUACUGCGCAAGAAUUUCAGCAUCGGCGACAAGCCGUAGUACGGCAAAUAAAGUGGCUGCGAGCGCGCGUCGCCGAUGCGA